CCCGGAACACGUGGCCUAUUCACGUAAGCAACUAUAUUUUUUUUUCUCCCCUUUCCACUUGAAACCAGUGUGAUUGGGCUUGUUCGUGGGCGGAAUGUGAAUAACACAAAACGGCCUUUUUUUUAUCGAUUAGCUUCCUCUCCCACCACCAUUGGUAGUUCUUUUUCAUCCUUAUCACCUUCCUCUCGACGCUUGUUAUCGGGAACACCCAAUUCCGAAAGUUUUCGCCAACAGGAACUGAACCGGUUUUUGCCAUCGUUCUCACUUCGUUCCCCGCUCUUUCGUCGCUCGCAGACGUUCUCGGAUCCUUUGGUUAUGCCUUCUAUUGCCCUCGCACCUCAACCGUGUCCCGAUCCACCUUCCGUAGACCGGGAUCCCUGGUGUAUGUCAGUCAAAAUGGCGCUUGAUCAAGCGGUUUACCAGGCAUGGAUGCACAAAUACGAUAUUCCCUCAUUUGCAUUCGCUCGAUCAUGGAAACGCAGAUAUUUUAUACUUGUCGACCGCACCGUUUACGUAUUCAAAUCGUCCAAAUCCACCACACCCGUGCGCGAAUUUUUCGAACUGACCGAUGAUACUUUGGUGUUUGUUUCGGAAGAGUUCAAGAAAGCGUACGUACUUGAGUUGCGAAAACCGCUCCAGCGGUGGUACCUACGAUGCGAUUCUGUGGAACAAAUGAAAAACUGGUUGGAAGCGAUGAAAAAAAUCGUCGCUUGCAUCAAACUUGGUUUUCAAGGAUCCAUUUCGAGCAGUAUGCUUUCAUCCAUACGGUUAACGGACGAUUUUCGACUCGUGGAAGAUAUUCCACCAAGACCCUCCAUCGAUACGACCUACUCUUAUCGACAUUCUACGACUCUCCCCAUAAAUCUCAAUAGCAAUUCACAGAACGUGCGGAAUCGUCGGUGGCAACAACGAGAAAUGAAUGAUCGUCGAUGUAGCACACCUCCAGAUUUUGCUUUAAACAACAGCAAUCACAAGAUACCAAAAUCUGGGUUCAAACGUCAAUCCUUGCUCCAUAUCCCGAACUGGGCGACUGUUCUGCCACCCCAACUUCCUCCACCUCGAUCACUGCCACCGCCUAUUCCAUCCCCUACUACUGCUACUGCUACUGCCACUACCACUACCACUACCGCUUUACCCACGAUCUCCGAAACUCGCCAAGAUCACGGGUCCUGAUGGUUGAGUAACUUUUUUUCAUUGUCUGACCAAUCACACCCUUCAGGGGAAGAGAGACGAAGGGAAGAAAAAACCGAAAACGAACUCUUUUUGCUUCGGGAAAAUUAACUGAGCUGAGUAUUAUUUGUCAGCCUCCGAUGAGAACUUAAAAGCUUUUUUUUCCCUGUUUGAUUUCUUCAGCCCAUCCCAUCCCACUCCUUCCUAUUGUGACGAUCCUCGGAUGGUCACAUACACUCCCUUGUCAUUUGUUUAUUCCUUCUAACUUUAACUAGUAUUGUAUAUUUUCUCAUUGUGUUUCUAUAUUCUACCUUUAUUGUCCAUAACUUGUCCUUCCUUCUUUGUGCUCUCUUUUUUUUUCAUUGUUAUAAUCUACUUUUUUUUUAAUUUGCCUACUGCAUUCCGCAUGAACUUUUUGGCUGUAUAAAAAUUUUCAACAAACUAAUCA